AUGGCCAGUAAAAAUAAUGUGACUGAGUUAAUUCUCACUGGCCUUUUCCAGGAUCAAGGGGUUCAGAGAGUGUGCUUUGUGGUCUUUCUUCCUGUGUACCUGGCCACGGUGGUGGGCAAUGGCCUCAUCGUUCUGACGGUCGGCAUCAGUGACAGUCUGAAUUCCCCCAUGUACUUUUUCCUCAGCUGCCUGUCCUUGGUGGAGGUCAGUUACUCCUCUACUGUUGUCCCUAAAUUCAUCACAGACCUACUUGCCAAAAUUAAAACCAUCACCCUGGAGGGCUGUUUGGCUCAGAUAUUUUUCUUCCACUUCUUUGUGGUCACUGAGAUCCUCCUGCUCACAGUGAUGGCCUAUGACCGCUAUGUGGCCAUCUGCAAACCCCUUUACUACACAGCCAUCAUGAGCCGGCCUGUGUGUCAUCUUCUGGUGGCUGGUUCUUGGCUGGGAGGCAUAAUUCACUCUAUGGUUCAGAUCCUUGUCACUGUCCAGUUGCCGUUCUGUGGUCCCAAUGUGAUUGACCACUACUUCUGUGACCUCCAUCCCUUACUCAAGAUGGCCUGCAUCGACACCUUUGUGGAGGGAGUUAUUGUGUUGGCCAACAGUGGGUUAAUCUCUGUGUUCUCCUUCCUCAUCUUGGUGUCCUCCUAUAUUGUCAUCCUGGUUAACCUGAGGAACCAUUCUGCAGAGGGGAGAUGCAAAGCCCUCUCUACCUGUGCCUCUCACAUCACGGUGGUCAUCUUGUUCUUUGGACCUGCCAUUUUCCUCUACAUGCGGCCUUCGUCCACCUUCACUGAGGACAAACUUGUGGCUGUGUUCUACACGGUCAUCACCCCCAUGCUGAACCCCAUCAUCUAUAUACUCAGAAAUGCAGAGGUGAAAAUCGCCAUGAGGAGGUUAUGGGGCAAGAAAGUUAACUCAGGGGUGGAAUAA